GCCCCAGCAUCCCGGCGCUUUGCAGCUCUCUCUUAUAGCCCACGACCUCGUGGUGCCUUCCCGACUCGGAUUUCCCUUGAAACCUCAACCCACGGUCGCGGGCUUUUUCAUUCCUUUCCCCCAGCCUUUUGUUUUCCCCCGGUUGCGAGCUUCAACCGUCACACAGCCGACUCUCGCGCCUUCUGGUCACGGCUGCGGUCACUGCCCCCCCCUCUCCAACCCUCAAGUUCGCAUCAUUCCUUCUGCGUCUUUGAGAGACAGCGACACGAACACGGCUACGCGACUCGGCCCUGGAGAUUCACCUUCAUUUCCAGAAUAUCCAGUGUGGCCUGGAGCAACCGGCACGUGUCUGGCGAUACGCCCUUUCAUUCCUUUCACGACCUGUCGUGUCGUGCUGGCCCUUCUUUCGCACUGUUGCGCUCCUUUACAAACCUCGCGGCCCGGAGAACCACGACGACUCGAAGAAAUAGACCACAAUUACCACCCAGCAUCGACCCGAGUCAUCAUUCAUUCAUCAAGGUCUUAGCGAUCGCAUUGAUUGUCCAGGAUUCCGCUUCGCCAGUGGAACAUCGCGACCUCCCAAGUCCAAGUUGAACAACUCGGAAACCUCAGCGACAUGUACUCCAAGGCUGUGCUCUUUUUCGCUGCAGCCGGCCUUGUUGGCCAGGCCGCCGCCGCCGUUGGUCGCCAUCAACACGGCCUUCAGCAUGCGCACCACAAGAGAUCCCUUUUCACUGAAGUGGUGACCGUCACGGAUUGGGUUACCGUCACUGUCACGUACGGCGAGACCAGCACCACCGGCCACAAAGUGUUCUACACCGACAACCACCACCCCCAUUUGAGCCUCAACACCACGACUUCCCACAGCACCACGAGCUCCACUUCUGCCGCUCCCGUACUGUCCUCUACCACCUCCACCACUUCUACCGCCAUCGUUCCCAAAGUCAGCUCGACGUCCACAACAUCCCCCAAUCCGACCACCUCGCCCAGCAGCGCCCCCGGUAAUGUCGACGUGGUGGUCAACACGCCGGCUCCGACACCAGCCGUGGCUUCUACAACCGCUCACGCGGCUCCUGCUACGCCUUCUGUCGCCGGUUCUGGAAGCACAGGCAUCACUGGUGGCAGCGGCACCAGUGGAAGUGGCAGCACCGGAGCCACCGGCAGGCGUGGCCUUGCGUACAACGACGCCAGCUUGCUGCCGCAGUUCCUCAAUGCCGGAACCAAGAUCUCUUGGGCCUACAAUUGGGGCCAGACCGAUGACUCGAAGACCAGCCUCGAGUUCGCCCCAAUGCUGUGGGGUCUGAAGGAUGGUUUCCCCGAUACCUGGCCUGCGAACGCUCAGAAGGCCAUUGACGCUGGCUCCAAGUGCUUGCUCAGCUUCAACGAGCCGGACUACCCCUCUCAGGCCAAUAUGUCGCCGCAGCUCGCUGCCCAGAAGCACAUCGAGCUGAUGAAUCCCUUCGCGGGCAAGGCGCGCAUUGGCUCGCCGGCCAUCACCAACAGCAACCAGGCUGGCCAGGGCAUCCAAUGGAUGCAGCAGUGGUUCGACGCCUGUGCUGGCCAGUGCGCCGUGGAUUUCGUCAACAUCCACAUCUACGGCGUCGACACCAACGCCUUCCUCGCUCACCUGCUGCAAGUGUACAACACGUUCAAGAAGCCGGUCUGGAUCACCGAGUUCGCGUUCAGCGGGAGCCCCGACGAGAUCAACUCGCAGCUCGAGACCGUCAUCGACCAGAUCGAGACCAACUCGACUUUCUCCUUCGUCGAGCGGUACUCGUACUUCAUGGUGGCCGACGGCAGCCUGGUUCAGGGCAACUCGCUCAGCACUUACGGAAACACGUUCGCCUACGGCGCGUGAAAGAGCGAGCGCUCCGGGCACUUUUCGAUUCGUGGGACAUUUUUGCCAUUUUGCACCACACUUUUCAUGGCACUGUUCUGGAAGGAUAUCUUCAGCCGCUCUGGUUGUAUCCCCCUCCUGGACAGACUAGAAGAGGAGGACAUGCUCCGCCCAUCUUCUGCCACAAGCUUCAAUUCAUGUAUUUAGUUAAACAAUCUCGUUCACCUUCUCAUCGUUCGCUUCCGCUUGCCCAAGAAUGGCAGCGAGACCACUUUUGAUGUUUC